GCCCGCUCCAGGGUCCUCGGAGCUGCUCGGGCUGCGCGCGGAGCGGGCUCCGGAGGGAAGUCCCGAGACAAAGGGAAGCGCCGCCGCCGCCGCCCCGCUCGGUCCUCCGCCUGUCCGCGACGCUCGCCGGGGCCGCGGCCGCCCGAGGGACUCUGAACAUGUCGGGGAUCGCCCUCAGCAGACUCGCCCAGGAGAGGAAAGCGUGGAGAAAAGACCACCCGUUUGGUUUCGUGGCUGUCCCAACAAAAAAUCCCGAUGGCACGAUGAACCUCAUGAACUGGGAGUGCGCCAUUCCAGGAAAGAAAGGGACUCCGUGGGAAGGAGGCUUGUUUAAACUGCGGAUGCUUUUCAAAGAUGACUAUCCAUCUUCACCACCGAAAUGUAAAUUUGAACCACCGUUAUUUCACCCAAAUGUGUACCCUUCGGGGACAGUGUGCCUGUCCAUCUUAGAGGAGGACAAGGACUGGAGGCCAGCCAUCACAAUCAAACAGAUCCUAUUAGGAAUACAGGAACUUCUAAAUGAACCAAAUAUCCAAGACCCAGCUCAAGCAGAGGCCUACACGAUUUACUGCCAAAACAGAGUGGAGUACGAGAAGAGGGUCCGAGCACAAGCCAAGAAGUUUGCGCCCUCAUAAGCCGCGGCCUGCGGCCUCCAGAAAGGAAGGGAUUGGUUUGGCAGGAACUUGUUUACAACACUUUUGCAAAUCUAAAGUUGCUCCGUACAAUGACUAGUCGCCUGGGGGGGGUUGGGCGGGCGCCAUCUUCCAUUGCCGCCGCGGUCCGCAGUCUCGAUUCGCUCAGUUGCCCGUUUUUCAUACAGGGUCUCUUCCUUCAGUCUUUUGUAUUUUGAUUGUUAUGUAAAACUUGCUUUUAUUUUAAUAUUGAUGUCAGUAUUUCAACUGCUGUAAAAUGAUAAACUUUUAUACUUGGGUAAGUCCCCAGGAGCGAGCCCUCGCUCUCGGAGGCAAGCAUGCUUCUCACCGUGCAGAGCUCCACCGGGCCCCGGCUGGCUGUCUGGAAAUGCGCCCUCCCUCCGCCGCUCCUCUAGGGCCUGGGCUGUGUUGCUUUCAAGCCUCAGAUCCCAGGUCAGCCGCCUCUCCGUUCUGCGUCACUUCCUUUGUGUUUAUAUGGCGUUUUGUCUGUGUUGCUGUUUAGAGUAAAUAAACUGUUUAUAUAAAGGUUUUGGUUGCAUUAUCGUCAUUGAAAGUGUGAGGAGGUGGCCCCCGAGAGCCUGGCCCUCCCCUCCCGACCGCAGCCCCUCCACCCCCCAGGGCCAGGACCCGGCUCUCCCGUCUGCUGCCGAGGCGCCCAGGCUGCGUGGCCCCAUGUUGCCCUGGAUCUUUGUAAAUAGGACUGUGCAGAGUGCUGCUGAGGUUUCUCCCCACCCCAGAGCUUCCGGCCGGAGAGACCCUGGCAGGUGUGCCCUGGUGCCAGCCGUCUUGGGGGCCACAGGGCCAGGGCCAGACCAGGGCUGAGGCUGCAUGAGGACUGCUUUCGAGGCAGCCUGCUGAUGGGGUUACCCCUCCUCAGUGGCUGGGUCACGGGCACCACCUCGGGUGUCUGUUCCUCACGCCCUCGGGAGGCAGCUUUUCUACCACCCCAGCAAACGCAGGGUGUGUCCUCCAGCGGAGCCCACGGCCUGGCCCCUCCAGGGCUUCCCUGACCCUUAGCGCCAGCUAGAGGGCCCUGGGCAGCCUGUGUCUGGAAUUCUCUGUCCUGAUGCCGCCUGAGUGGUCUCCCGGGGAGGCCGUGCCCCUCAGGAGCAGCCCUGGCGCUGAGCCCUCUGCAAAGGCUGGGCCAGCUGGGCCUCGUGCAGCUGCCUGAGCCGGUGCUGAGCCACCUAGGAAGUGGCCUGGCUGGGUCGCCACGCAGCAGGAAGGUGCAAUGGACAGAGAUGGGAAGGCCUGGGGGAUGCGGCCCGGCCCUCCAGGCCCCACCUGGUCUCCCCAUUCUAGCGAGCUUGGCCCUGCUCGGUCUCAUUUUGAGCUCCGGGGCUGGAGCUGGCCCUGCUGCCCUGGCACACCCCGGCAGCUGGAGCUGGGUCCCAAGGGGGUGGGGUGGGUGCAGAGAGGGCAAGGGACGGCGGCCCAGGGCCUGGGAUGGGGAGCCCGGUGCCUUCCGGUUCUUCCGAAGUCAGUGCGCUGGCGGCUCUGCAGUGCGAGUGAGUGCCUCGUUUGCUUUUCCGGCUUCCGCAGGGCCUGGGCGCUGAGCCCUUGGCUGUUUUCAGCGCGUUUGUAACACGGGGCCUUACCUGGGGAAUUUAGCCGCUUUGAAUAUUUGUGGCCCACUCCCAGAAUGUCUUAUUUUGUAUGACUGAACUACGUUUAGGAUUAGUUACACAUGUUGUAAACGGUUCAUAUAUAUGGAAAUUCAAUCUAUUUUAUAGUUAAUGUAUUCUAAAGUAACGGAUGUUUCUAGCCGAUUGUAGUGACCUCAGCUAAGGAAAUGCCCCUUCUGUAGUCCCACAGUCCUCGGCCUCACGAGGACGUGGAUCUUGUAACAGCUCGGAAACGCGGUCAUUUGUUUAAUGGAAGGGAAGGUGUGUUCCCGGCACGAGGUGCCUCGGAAUUAGAAUUGUGGGCAAUGGGUUAACCACUGUAUCUGAGAAUCCACCAAUUAAAGCAUUUGCACAGA